AUGGACAAAGCCGAAUACAAUAGCGAUGAUGCUCAGCUGGCCCAGCUGGGUCAUAAGUCUGAGCUGAAGCGAAAUUUCUCCAUGAUUUCCAUGCUGGGUCUUGCUUUUGCCAUUCUAAAUUCAUGGACCGCGUUGUCGGCAAGUUUGGGACUCAGUUUGUCCUCGGGAGGCAGCGCAAGUGUUGUCUGGGGUCUUAUUACAGCAGGAAUCUGUAAUUUGUGCAUGGCCACUUCCCUAGCCGAGUUUCUUUCUGCAUACCCUACUGCAGGAGGCCAAUACCAUUGGGUCGCUGUAACUUCAUGGAGAAAAUGGAUGCCAAUUCUUUCCUGGAUUACGGGUUGGAUCAACUGCUCUGGUUGGGUUGCGCUGGUCGCCACUGCUGGUCUCUUGGGCAGUCAGCUCAUCCAGGGUGCGAUCUCUCUUAUGAACCCGGGCUAUAACCCCCAGCGCUGGCACCAAUUCCUAAUAUACUGCGGCUACAACAUCAUUGCCUUCCUCAUCAACGCCUUUAUGAACAACCUUAUGCCUUAUGUCACCAAGGGAGCUUUCCUCUGGUCCCUGACAGGAUUUACCAUCAUUUGCAUCACCGUACUUUCGUGUGCCUCGCCAAAUUAUAACUCCGGAAAGUUCGUCUUCAGUGAUUUCAUCAAUGAAACAGGAUGGCCUGAUGGAAUUGCGUGGUUGCUUGGGCUUCUUCAAGGCGGACUUGGUGUUACUGGCUUUGAUGGUGUCGCCCACAUGAUUGAAGAAAUUCCCAACCCUUCGGUUGAGGGACCCAAGAUCAUGAUUGCUUGUGUCCUUAUCGGUACUUUCACUGGAUCAGUCUUCCUUAUUGUACUGCUCUUUGUGGCUGGUGAUAUCAACAAAAUUAUUGAGUCAGCGGCAACUCCGCUCCUUGCAAUCAUGACGAAUGCCACUUCGAACAAUGCCGGCGCUAUCUGUCUCUUGAUCUUCCCCCUAGUCUGCGCUCAGUUCGCUGCAAUCGCUAUUAUGACCACUAGCAGUCGUAUGAUCUAUGCCUUCGCGCGUGAUGGUGGUCUCCCUGCGUCUCCCUUCUUCUCUCGCGUUCACCCCAAGCUGAAUGUCCCCUUGAACUCGCUAUAUCUCAAUCUUGGUCUCAUCACUAUCUUCGGGUGUAUCUUCUUGGGCUCAUCCAGCGCUUUCAAUGCUAUUGUCUCAGCAUCAGUGGUGCUGCUCGGCAUCUCAUAUGGAAUACCAAUUGCAGUGAACUGCUAUCUCGUUGGCGUACAUUGCCCUGACUACUAUCCUCUUUCUCUUCCCCCUGAGCUCCCUGCCACUGGUAGCAACAUGAAUUACUGUGUUGCGGCAUUUGGUAUUGUCUUUAUCAUUUCUGUCAUCCAGUGGUUUGUAGAUGGACGCAAGAAUUUCGUCGGUCCCCGUAUAUCGGUGGAAGUCUUCAAUGGAGAGCUUGUUUUCAUCCUCGCCCACCCUGGCGAUCGAUCUGCCCCCGUCAACGUUCAUGAAACUGAGACAGCUCAAGACAAGCCAGCCCGGGCAUUCAAGCACCUACUGAAAUUGAACCAUGUCGAGAACUCGCUGUUUGAUUGUCGGAACUUCCCUAAUCAGUUAAUACACCUCUUGAGCUCCUCCUUUCUGCAAGGCGCAGACGCCGAUACUUUAGGCCGCAUAUAUGAGGAGGAAGUAUCUGAUCUAGUUAAAUGGAAGGGAUCACCGGCUGAAAUCACUACUCUUGACUGGCGAGGCCACCUGGGGUGUCGAGGAUUUGAUCGAGCGUUCGUGGAUUUCUUUGAAGAUGAAAUGGUCCACCUCAGCUAUGACUGGAAGGAAGUCGUGGCUGAGUACCUGUUUACCGGCAAGGAGCCCAUGUUUGAUUCUAUAAUGGCUUCUCUCGGAUUGCCAUUGAUCCAUUUUGCGUACGCCUUUGAAAUGGACAGUCGUGAGAUCGCAAUGGAAGCACUCGGACUUGCAGCAACCUGCCAUAAUGACAUAUACAAGUCCUUGGAGGACCCCAAUCACUCGAAAAAUGAGGCGUCGUAUGAAUCAAAGUCAAUCUUUGCAAUUAUUGACCUGGUCCGGGAAGAUAAGGACUUAGAUGGCCUCUUUCCUACUCCCGGCAGCGACAACCUCGAUACCCUUUUCGUCAGCCGGAACGCCGUGCUUCUCAACCACUGGAAGGCAUGGAAGAUCGACAAUCCAAUUGAACAGUUCCGCGAGAGCCAAGAGCUUGCAGCUGCCUUGCUAGUUGGAACAACUGCAGUCGAUUCGACCGGGCAUUACGACUUGUUCUUCGCUUUGAACCUCGCAACCAGCCACGCUGUCCGCGUCAUGUUGCCUUUCAUACCCCCCCAGUUCCAAAUUUCUCUUCUUCGACAAUGGUGGUUAGUUUGCGUUGGCAUCUACGUCGCGCAACUGCGGCCUGAGAUCAAAAUGGACCAAAUCCGGAAUUAUGAUCUGAACGGAAAGGACUGGGAAUGGGUUGCUGGGAAAGCCAUCAAUGGUGAAUUCUCGACCAAUGUGUACUUUGUAAAGACCACCCGAGCACUGAAGGAACUGGCUUCCACUUGGGGCGAUUCUGAUAGCUUCUUCUUGAAGGCUGCUGUGCGAUUUGUGACCGAGUUCAAGCGUUGGCGAGGUAAUUUUGUCGGAUAUGAGCUGUAG